AUGGAUUCACAACCGAACAAGAGGCGUAGCAUCUUUGGCCUGGCCACUAAUCUCUUUCGCGGCUCCUCUGCGCCCGCCGACGACUCCAAUUCCAUGACGGAGUCCCCCCAGCAGAAUGGUGUCACCAAGGCCCAGUCCGUCCCGCGCAUCGACUUCAACAGCGCAACGCAUGAAAGCCCUGCCAAGCGCGCGUCUGAUGCGCAGUUGGCAUUCCGCAAGCUCAUCGGCCGCCCUCAAGGCCCGUCCAGCAAGCUUGCCCAGUCCUUCACCAGCACAGACUUCACAGAACUGUCAUCGGCGCCGCAAAAGAAGAUCACAUUCCAUACUGCUUCGGCGGCCGGCGCGACGAGGAGGAUGCCCGGCGACAACCCCUACAAGUCACCUUCCUUCACAAGCACAGCCAAGGGUCCCGUUGUCAACGGAAAUGGUGCCAAAGCAGCCAGCUUUUCUGGAACCGGCACGAGCACGGCGCCGAGCAAUAUCUUCCGUUCUGGCACUCCUUCCCUUUAUCAGCGGUCCGGCGGCACGGCCUUUGCUCCUCGCAUCGUUCCUGGCGGUCUGAAGAGCAGCCUUCCCCAGAGCACCCCCGGUCGCACUUCGCGCGGUACAACCGCUGAGCUCCUUGGCGCCGUCCCGGUCAACACGGAGCUUUUCAAGAUGAGAAUCCCUGAGCCUCCUCAUCAUUUGACCGGCGAGGUGUUGGCUAAAGAAGUCCCAGAUGACCCCAACAGGGCCGGUUCCAUUUAUGCCGACGAGUUUCUGGCACACUACUGUCCGCCCGAUCUCGAUGAGCAACAGAAAAAGCAGUUUUUCUGCAUCCUCGACUUGAGGCGACUCAAGUAUGCCGCCGAUGAGAUAUUCACCAAGAAGGAUUGGAAGAUCAAUAUUCUCAACUUUGCAAAGGAGUACGAGAAAAGCCGUAGCUUGAUUAUGUUGCGGUACGGCCUGUACGAAUUCAAGACGGUUAGGGCUUCGGAAGAAGUCAAGAAAGAAUGGAGGCAAAAGCAUGGAAUUGCAGAAUCCGAGGAAGAAGCCAGCGCAUCCUCGAAUCUAAAGACACCGGCUGGCUCGAAGAGAAAGGCCGAGGAGGAUCUGUCGCCAAUUGACGGCGCCCUCAAAGCUUCCACCGCUGCUGGAGGUAAUGAUGGCGCUGCUAUCAACAAUCCUUUUGCUACCGGAGGUGCCGCUACUCCCACCUCGUCAUCGUUUACCUUUGGCCAAACUAGUGGUACAUCUGCGCCGUUUGUCUUUGGGCAAAGUAGUCAAAACACUCCAUCCAUCACCUUUGGCGGUGCCCAGGACUCUACACAACAAAAUGGCAGCUCUAACAUGUUCGCCUUUGGUGGUCAACAGCCCUCUGGGGGUGGAUCCAUAUUCAACCUGGCGCCGCCCGUAGGGGGGACAUCAACAGGUACUGAUUCCCCUAAAACCUUCGGCGGUGCCUCAAGCUUGGCCACGACGCCGGCUGUGGGGACACCAGAGCCAGUGGCCGCCGAGUCCAAGGAUGCUCAAGGAACGCACGCUGACGGGGAUGAGGCACCACAGGAGCAAAUCUCGCUAGUCGAAGGCGGCCCGGGGGAAGAGGACGAGUCCGUCGUGUAUGAAGUUCGUGCCAAGGCGUAUAAGCUCGUCGCUCCCGACGACGAUGACGACGAAGGCUCCAAGGAGAAGAAGAAGCCCUCCGUGUGGAAGACGCAGGGAGUCGGCCCCCUGCGUCUUCUCAAGCACAAAAACACCGGUGCGGUGCGCAUGCUGAUGCGUGUCGAACCCCGCGGCAAUAUUGCACUCAACAAGAUCAUCCUCCCCAAUUUCACCUACAAGCCCGAGGCUUCGGCGCCCAAGAACAUCAAGAUCACCACGGCGACGGACGAUGGCAAGGGUUUGGAGACUUGGAUGCUCACCACGAAGACCACGCAGGCUUUGGCUGACGCGCUGGAAGAACAUAAGAAGGCAAAUGAAAAGAAGGAUUAAUGAGUUUGUCUGGUGGACAAAGAUGAAUGGAUAAAUAGGUCAGAUUCAAAUGAUGAAUAGCAUCGGAAGAGUUGUUUGAA